CUGCUGCUGCUGCUGCAGUAGUUCUGAGUUCAGUUGGCCAAAUGUUUACUCUUUGCACGUCCAAAGGUCCGGCAUGGAACGUCCGCUGAUCAAACACAGCAGCAUUUGUGGGUCCACUCCGUCCAAUCUGUGCAGCUGUCGAGUCACACUCCAGAUUCCUGCGGCGGUGGACUAAUCUCGGCAGGAGAGGCGAGCAAAUCAACUCUGACAGUUUGCGGCGAUUAGGUUUGGAGUCCAAAGUCAAGCGGAGCUGCUGACCCUCACAGUGUCAGUCAACUCUUAAGCGCCAGUGUCUCUCCGUGUCAAAAUGGCCUCCAGACGAGGAGACCUUCCAGCUCUUGAGUUGGGUUCGUCAUCCACAUUCUUUGGUGGCUCGUCGUCUCCCAUUGGAAUGACUCGGCGUAACAUCAGCUACGAUGAGCUCAUGGACGCCCACAUACAUUCACCGCCUCCGGACCUGACUGUUAACAUCUUGUGGAAAGACCCAGUCAUACCACAGCACAAGUUCCGCAAUGGAGCAGAGGAAGGAGAGAAGGGUGGGAAGUUGGUGACUUUUGAGGCACCAACACCAGUCAAGUCCCCUGUGCCGGUGGUGAAAGCUAAGGCCACCUCUUUAAUGACCUCGUUUAUGAUAAAGCAAAGCCAGGAGAAUCUUGAGAGGUUUGAGCACCAGGCUGGGCUGACAGACACGGGAUAUUCCCCCCACAAAGGCCUCUCCACUGAGGAGACACGCUUUCAUCGACACACAGUGCCAAAGUUGAGAAUGCCAAGUGGGGACUUCAAAGAGGACAGGCUUCCAACAUCAGCACAAUCCACCCCAAGUUGUACCCCUUCUGUCACCCCCAACGUCACCCCCUGCGUCAGUCCCUACGCGUCACCAGCUGCUACUCGCAGGAGCUGGUUCCAGCUGAGUCCUGCGCCAUCUCUUGCCACCCAAGAACUCAGUCCAAACCUCAGCACAGACAUGGGAGGAAAUGAAGGAGGAGGAGACAGGUGGAAUUUCUUUGGAACUCGGUCUGUGGUACAGAAGUCCCCCACUGACCCAGGCUGUGACACCAGCACAGGCUUUUCACUACAAUCCUACUUCGGCCUGCAGAAGUCCUCAACCAUGGAUGGCACCAACACGCAGAUAAACCUCAAGGUGCAGGACCCUGCCAACUUCAUGACCCAAAAGAUUGAUUUAUCGGGUAUCGAGGGCAAGCCUCCACGGCCACACAAACUAAAACCUCGGGACAUGAAUGUCUUAACACCUUCAGGCUUCUGAAGCCGGACCAGCCGCGUGCUGUUACACUUCUUUACCACAUCUCUGUUUUCUUUCUUUCUUUCUGUCUGGUAGCUUCCUCUAUCCCCUCUGUGAGAUAGUGAGGCUGAGAGGAAUAAGAAGGAUCACCUGUAGCAUUAGCUCACCUGCCCCAGAGACGUCACCACACGCUUGCUCCUCACAUCAGCAAUUAGUCCACAUCAUCACCUUCUACCUAACUGGUCCAACUAAAACACCAAAUUACCUUCAUUUGGCAUUGUAAAGAAGGCUGUAUUAUUGUUGAUAUUAUUAUUAUUGUUGCUGCAUUCUUAUAUAAUGGGUGCACUAGCAUGCAAAUGCAUUGGUAAUCUAAUUUUAUUGUCAGAUGUGGCAUGAGACUGAAGACACGGAAGCAUCAUGCCAUUCCCUUGCUGAAAUCAUCAUCGCUUUACUAUCACAUCUCAUCCAAAAACAACAAGUUACGUCAGUUUAAAAAGCCCAGUCGCCUUGUUUGAACCUUUUUUUAUUUUAGAUAAGUUCACAAGUCGUGUAGUGCUUUUUCUCUGUUGGCAUGCAGGGUAUAGUGUGGUAUGACUGAAUUAUGCCUAAACCUGCUUUUGACUUUCUUGUACAAGUUGAGUUUUUUGUUUUUGUAUCAUAUGCAAGAGUGUUUAAUUUUACUUCGACAGUAUGACCGAUAGCCUGAAAUCACCUUUUUUUUAUUAUUGUUAUUUGAAAGUGUUUCAUUCAUAUUGACCUGCUUUAAUUCAACAUUGUUCAUUCUAAAUAGGUCAUUUGUUAGGUUUGUAUGAUUUUUGUUUAAUGCUUGCUUCAAAUGGUCAUUUUCAGUUGUGUGUGUGUGAGAGAGAGAGAGAGAGACACAGAGAGAUGGUUUAGGAAUCUCAUCUGUUUUAUUAGAUAAACUUGAUUAAUUGCACAAGGGAGAUUGUCUCCAUCUCACGUCUGUAAAUAAAUCUGAUGGUAACAAGCAA